UCCCAGCUUCCGGGGUAAACGGAAUACGGCAGAACUGAGCAGUCAGUCUUAUUAUUUGUUCUCCAGUUUGAUAUAUUUACGUCGUAUAAAAUACAUCUUUGAUUCUUUAUUCAAGGAUAAAGUCGUCUCGAUGCGCUAGAAGCACUGUGCCGCUUCUACUGCUAUCUUUGCUUGUUAGUUAGCUUAGCUCGCUAGUUAGCUUAGCUUGUUAGCUGCUAACAGAAGUUAUCAACACAUCGCUAAGUAGAGAUCAAGUGUGAGAGUAAAGUGUUGUGAUUGUGUGAAAAUGUCUACAUUACAAAUGUUGAGAGCGUUGGUGGAUCUGCGACUAACUGCUGCCGCUGAAGAAAUAUUUGUAGUGUUAGAAAGAACGAUAGCAGAAUACAAGGCGGAACUUUCUAGGACAAAAGUGGAAAAUAAUCAACUACUGGACGCUGUUUUCAAGAAACAUCAAGUUGUGUUACACAGAACAGACCUCGAUGAAGAACCUCUACCUCAUGAGCAGAAGGAGGAACCACAGUCCCCCCACAUACAUGAGGAAGAAGAGGUACUACAUUCCCAACACAAUAAAGAGGGAGGAGAGGUACCACAGCUCCAACACUUUAAAGAGGAAGCAGUGGAGCCACAGCUCCAACACAUUAAAGAGGAAGCAGAGGAGCCACAGCUCCAACACAUUAAAGAGGAAGCAGAGGAGCCACAGCUCCAACACAUUAAAGAGGAAGCAGAGGAGCCACAGCUCCAACACAUUAAAGAGGAAGCAGAGGAGCCACAGCUCCAACACAUUAAAGAGGAAGCAGAAGAGCCACAGCCCUCCCACAUUAAAGAAGAAGCGAUGAAACACAGCAUCAGUCAGGAGGGCGAGCAUCUUGAAGUACUGGUGGAGUUCCCAGUGACUGGUGUCUCUGUAAAGAGUAAAGAGGAUGAGGUCGAAGGUGAAAGUGAGGAGAAGAGAGAGGCGGAGCCUCCAAGCAGCAGCUCAACACAACACAUGACAACAGAAGCUGAUGGAGACCACUGUGGAGGAUCACAAGCAGACCAGCUCGUAGCUCCACUAUCAGAUAGUGAGGACACAAUGUCACACUCUCCUGACACUGAUGAUGAAGACUCUACAGAUGAUAAGACAUGGGACCCUGACAACACUCACUUCAAAUGUUCUCACUGUGACAAACGUUUUGGCCUCAAAAAGUCUCUAAAUAGACACAUGAAAAAUCACACUGGAGAGAAUUCAUUUCCGUGCUCAGCGUGUAGUCAAGUAUUCAGCAUAAACGCAGACCUGAUAAGACACGCAAGAAUACACACUCAAGAGAAGCAUUUUUCUUGUUCAGUGUGUGGCGAAUCUUUCACACGGAGUGAAAGUUUGAAAAGACACAUGAGAAGACACCCUGAAGUGAAACCUGUUACCUGCUCAGUGUGUGGGAAAGGUUUUGUUAGAAAUUCCAACUUGACUAGACACAUGAAAACACACACUGGAGAGAAACCUUUUUGUUGUUCAAUCUGUGACUUAUCUUUUACAAGGAAGGAUAUUUUGAAAAAGCAUGCAAUAAAACACUGUGGAAAAAGACCUCAUUCCUGUUCUAUCUGUGGUACUUACUUUAAAACGAGAAGCUCUUUGAAAAGACAAGAGAAGACACACGGAGAAAAGUGUUGAGUUGCAGUGUGUGUGAUGAAAGAUUCUCUCAUGAGUACCAACUUAACGAACACAUGUGUGCUGGUGAGAGCAGCAGGAGUAAAAUAGAAAAGCGCUCCGCAGACCUCCACCAGGCCAAAUCUCCCAGGCAGAACCCAAAUGAUGAUCAGGAUCAACACCAAAAUCUAAUCACUUGUUCCUUAUCCCAUUUCUGACAUGUCCUGAAAGUUUCAUUAACCUUUAAUUACUUUUCAAUUGCUUCAAUAACAAACAUGUAAAUGUGUUUCUUAGUUACACAUCCUGGAAAACAACAUCCACACAACAGUGUACAUUUAUUAUUCAUUCUUACUAAUAUGUUUAGUUGUGUACUAACACAUCAAUGUGUACUUCUGCUAAUAUUUAAGAAGUGAUGAUGAUGUUAUGGUUCAGCGUGCCCCUUCACAGGCUUGCUUGCCAAAACAAGUCUCCAACAUGGUGGUGCCAGCGGUCCUACUACUUGUACUUGUACACUAUACAAUAUAAUUAUGCACACCUUUUGUAAGGUAUACAUUUUUGUUUGUACUAGCAAUUUGAAACCAGCGCUGUAUCCUUUGCAUGUGACCUUGUAGAAUAAAAUAUCUGUUCUUCAUGA